AGCGCGCUCAUUCUUGCAUAAUUAACGCAGGCUUGCAGUGGGCAGUGACGCAGAGUCUGAGACUUUCCUCGUAAUUUAUCAAAAAUAUCGCUUUAUUCGCCGGAACGGAGUAAUUACUUUAUUCCCAUUCAAGCUUCUCAACUCUGUAACGCAGUGCCGGAUCAAAUCCAUGUGAUUUCGUUUGUUCCAGACAGGACAAGCCCUCUUACAUGUGGAUAUUGAUGUGGUAGGGAAUAAAUAAAGAUGCCGCAGCCGAAAUCGCGCAAGAUCGCCGUCCUGGGCUACAGAUCCGUCGGGAAAUCUUCCUUGACAAUACAGUUUGUGGAAGGCCAGUUUGUCGACUCCUACGACCCUACUAUUGAAAACACGUUUACGAAAAUGAUCACAGUGAACGGUCAGGAGUAUCACCUGCAGCUAGUCGACACAGCUGGACAGGACGAAUACUCAAUUUUCCCUCAGACCUACUCCAUAGACAUCAACGGUUACAUUCUGGUGUAUUCAGUCACAUCAAAUAAAAGGUAAGAGCGCAGAUGGUUCUUAAUCUCCACUGAGAUGAACAUCUUUGGG